AUGUCUGUCUGUCUGUCUGUCUCUCUCUCUCUCUUCCUCUUAGCGGCUGGCAUUUCUGUCUGUCUGUUUAAUUAUCGAUAUUACUCUUUCUCCCUCUGUCUGUCUCUCUCUCUCUCUUUCUCUCUCUCUCUCUCUCUCUUUCUCUCUCUCUCUCUCUUACUACCACAUUGCUCAUCUCUAUAUUACAACGCGCGGCUGGCAACUCUGUCUGUCUGUCUGUCUGUCUCUCUCUCUCUCUCUUACUACCACAUUGCUCAUCUCUAUAUUACAACGCUUUCUCUCUGUCUGUCUGUCUGUCUUCAUCUAUAUUACAACGCGGCACAACAGCCUGUCUCUCUCUCUCUCUCUCUUACUACCACAUUGCUCAUCUCUAUAUUACAACGCGCGGCUGGCAACUCUGUCUGUCUCUCUCUCUCUUUCUCUCUCUGUCUGUCUACUCAUUGCUCUCUCUACAACGCGCGGGCUGGCAACUCUGUCUGUCUGUCUGUCUUCUCUCUCUCUCUCUCUCUACCACAUUGCUCAUCUCUAUAUUACAACGCGCGGCUGGCAACUCUGUCUGUCUGUCUGUCUCUCUCUCUCUCUCUUCUCUCUCUCUCUCUCUCUCUCUCUCUUACUACCACAUUGCUCAUCUCUAUAUUACAACGCGCGGCUGGCUGUCUUCAUAAUAAAUUGGAAGAAACUGGAUCGCAAUAUAUUGGCAAGGUUCUUGGCAGCAAUAUCAACAUCGAAACGUUGGACCUAAGCUGGAACCAUAUUCGUUUGAAAGGUGCAGUCACUUUAUGUAAUGGUUUGUUGGCGAACAAAUACAUUCACACCCUCAACAUAUCUUCGAAUGGGUUUGCUUAUCAGGGAGCAGUUGCUCUCUCUCGAGUGUUACAACAUAAUAAGAUCCUCAAGGAAAUUGACGCUUCAGAUAACAGAAUUUGCUGGAAAGGGGCAUUGGUCUUAUCUAAAGGUCUGCAAGUUAAUAAAACACUCGAGACCCUGAAGCUGAGAAGAAAUCCACUUACUACCACUGGAUGCAUGGAUAUAUUAGAGGCCAUUAGCACCGAAGGGAAUGCAGUUAAGAUGUUAGACCUUCAGGAAAUACCCGUGAUUUUUGAAUUCGAAUUAUUGUCAGUGGCUCUCAAAAAUCAAAGAAAUUUUACCUGUUUACACGGAGGUGUAGUUACCUCACAUGAUUAUCUGGGCAGAAGAAAUGCUUACCUGAUCAACCCUAUGGACAAUGUCAUUGCUUUCAUGAAGAAAAAUGGCCUUCGACCUCUUGAGCUACUGCGUUCAUUUGAUAAAGAAAACAUUUGGACACUUACCAAAGGAGCGUUUGCCGCGCACCUCAAAGUAAGUGAUAAGAUAUUUUCAGUGGGUUUUUUUUUCUGUCGACCUAUAUACAUUUCAAUCUGUAUGUUCUCGUGGUUAUCUAUGUAG